UGCACAUUUCGGUUGACUAUUUUUAUAAUGUUCUAUCGUAUGCAAGCAAAAAUGUGUGUACUCACUGUAACAAUAUUCCUAUUGACGUUAAGCUGCAUUAAAAAUGGUUUUGGAGAAGAUACUAAAUAUAGCACCAAGUACGACAAUUUUGAGGUAGACACAAUAAUUAAUAGUCCAAGACUUCUCAAAAACUACGUCAACUGUGUAACUGAUAAUGGGCCGUGCACUGCCGAAGGAGAAGAAAUGAAAAAAAACAUUCCCGAUGCUCUUCAAACAGAUUGCAGCAAGUGUAGCGAUAAACAAAAAGAAAUAACCGAGAAACUACUGAAGCACAUAGAAGGUAAUGAGCCACAGUAUUGGGAAAUGCUUCAAGACAAAUACGACCCGGAUAAGAAAUAUUCUGUCGCUUACCUGGAAUCUAAGAAAAUUUUUAACGAAAUAAUUUACAAGAUUUCGCGCAUAGUCCAAGGUACGUGUUCAGAAUUAUUAAGUAACAUCAUUGUUAGUUCAGGCACAAUACAGCAAAAUAUUCCUACGAUAGUAAUCAUGAAAGUGAAUCUACCUGUCGUCUGCGCUCUUGCUACAUUCGUGCUUAUAACAGACCGUCUAAGGGUUGCUGCGGCAAAUGAAUUUCUUGCGAGAAGUAAAAGAGGGGAUGAAGAACGUUAUCCAACUACUUACGAUGAUUUUGAUGUAGACAGAGUUCUUGCAAGUGAACGGUUGAUGAAGAGCUACAUUAAGUGCUUACAAAAUAAGGGAGCGUGUACAAAAGAAGGGCGAUUAUUGAAAGAUUACUUACCGGACGCCUUGUUGACAGACUGCAUUAAAUGCAGUGAUAUACAAAAACGGCAAGCAGGAAAGGUCCUAACCCACAUAUUGCAAUUCUAUAGGGACGACUUUAACGAACUUCUCGAAAUAUACGAUCCAAAGGGUAUAUUUAGGGACAAGUACGGAUACGAAAAGGACGAUGAUGAAGGAGAUGAUGCAAAGAGAAAGUAAAUUUCGAAUUAUACGUGUUAUAUUCAUACAGAUUUUAAAUACUAAGUUAGCAAAUAAACUUGUUUGAUCAAAGACAA